AGCUACGAAUCAGAAAGUGAGAAAACUACGAAAAAUCUUAGGCAAGCUGACAAGAUGAAGAUUUCGCAAAUUUUGCUUCCAAGCUUCACCAUAUUUUUCCAACUACAACURUUCUUGCUUCUAUCAUCCACGCAGCUAAAUGGACAGCCAAUUAGAGUGAAGAUUGGMGGUACUCGUUUACCUGCUUCAAACAGCAAAAGCGUUAAACUCAUAUCAAGAAAACACACACUCUUCGUUAGUAUCGAUCAAAGUGGAAAGGUCUCCGCCGUUGUUAACUGCAAGAAUAACUACACUGACCUUGAAAUGAGUACAGUAGGCGUUGGUGGUUUAGUGACGAUAAAAGGGGUUCAAUCUGGACGGUUUCUUGCCAUGAACAGCGCUGGGCAAAUCUACUCAACAAAAAAAGUGACAGAUGAAACAGUCUUUAAAAAUACACAAUUGACCAAUGGAUGGGAAACGUUCGCCUCGGAAAAGUACUAUAUAUCACGCUAUUACGAUGCUUUCUUAGCUAUAACAAGAGCCGGAAAGACAAAGAAUGCCAAGAAAACCAACCAAAACAACAAAGCAUCCCAGUUUCUCGUAAUAACUUCGUCUACCUGCCAAAAGUGAAAUGGUUAUGGUAGCUAGGCUUUUAAAUAUAUUUAAUGUGUGYACCAUGUUUAUCGGUAACUUUAAACUAUGAUUGCAUUUGAAAAUAACACGGUAUAAGAUGCGAGGAAUUAUAAAAUAUGAUGGAGCUUUAUUAUUGCAUUUGUGUAACAUAGUAGUUAAAGCAUGACUAUGCAACACGGUUGCAUUUGUGUAUCAUAAAAACAUUUUACAAUUCAAAGAAAUUGGACUAAUUUUUGAUAAUUUGUUCAAAAAGAGAAUUAUACACUUUCAAGACAAAGCUGAUGUUUAUUAGGGACGCAUGCGCAAAUACCGAGAUGCGAUAAGCGCAAAGCUUUCCUCGCAUGUUUCAGCGUCUGGACGAGGAAGACUGGAUUUCCACAGCCUAAGCACAAAUAUCAAUAAUACUAUAGGUUAAUAUUGUAUCAAUAUAUAUUUAGUUUUUUUGUGUUCAAAACAUUUUGUAACCAUUAUAUGGUAAACUGACCUAUUCAGAAAUAAACUGAAUUUUGUUGA